GGAAAUUAAACUGAAAGAAUAUAGGUCGUGUGCCAUUUAUGAAUAUGGCUUCGAACUAUCAAGAGGAUUCGGAUGAAGGCAGCUACCAGCAAUCUAGUGAAAGUCUCCCAGAGUUCGGUGACAGUCACACAGAUUCUGAGGCAGCCAGCGAUUCUGGAUCGGACUCUGAAGAAGAUGCACUAACAUCUAGCAAGCGGAAUGUCUGUAUGCAUUACAAUCGUGGUCACUGCCGUUUUGGGGACAAGUGUAGGAAUGAGCACAUAUGCAAGGACUUCCUGAAGGGUUCGUGCAAGUUUGGUGCUGGAUGUCGUCUCAACCACAACAGUCAGAGUUCAUCGUCAGGACAGGGCAGACGAAGAAGCAGACCCUCAUCUGCAGCCUCAGGUAAUCACUUCGAGUGGCAGCUGUUUAAUGGACAGCAGUGGGGUUAUAUCUUAAAUGAUUUUGUCAUUGAGGCCCAUUACUGUCAGCCAGGGGCAAAUGGGAUCACCAUCAACCUCAGCAUAGGGCCUGCCUAUAUUGACUUUGAUGAAAUGACAGUCGAUGGACCUCUUGUUAACCUCAGUGUACGACGUAAUAUGCUGCUGUCUCCUCCUAACCAGAAAGAAUUAAUAGGCUGGUACUACAAAGAUAACCAUCAGUGGUGUGAAUAUGGAUCUCAGGGAUCAGGUGGGAGGUCAUCUUCGAUUAGAAGUGAUUUUAUAGAGCAGCAGUACAACAGAAACCCAAGGGGCUCAGUCCAGUUUACUGUAGGAAGCACGACUUACAAGUUGGACUUCACGGCCAUGACUCAAACCAAUCUGUCCACAUACAUGUUGAGGAAAGUGAGACGGCGGACAAAAUUCAAUGAAGUAGUAACAGACAACAGCAGUAAUCAAAACAGUUUACCAACUCUGGCAUCUCCCUCAGCAAACCCGUCAAAUUCUUCCUCUCAUUACAUCUGGGAGUUUAUGGGGGAUGAGGGUAUUUGGACCGAGUACCAGAAACCAGUGAGUUCUAGUGUCUAUACUCAACCUACCAACACUGUUAAAACAUCCCCUCGUAUAUCAUCACAAGCUCGCUGGCAGUUCAAAGACAUGGAUGGUCAAUGGAAGGACUAUAUUAAAGGUGGUUCUUGGGGAUGUUGCAGUGUGUCAUGUCAAGAUAUUGAAGCGCAGUACCAGCAGGACUCCACUGGGAUAAUGCGUUUCAGAGCGGACAUAUUCAGCUAUGAGCUAGACUUCUCAGACAUGACCCAGACCAACCUGUCCACUAACGCCACGAGAUCUGUACGCCGCCUUUAGCAAUAAGACCUCACCUGCCUCUUUUUAUGUUUACUUUAAUAUUUACUUGUAGCUUUAUAUGAUUGAUCUCAGGACGCCGGUUCACGCAAUGUCUGCUGGCCAUUUUCAGAAAAUGUGAUUCAAAAUUAUGUUCACUUUGUCCAUGCUAACCCAUGUGCCUAUAUUGUUUUAUUAAUUGCCAUAAAAAGUGGUUCUCGUGGUGAUUAUGUUCUUGAAACGGUGUUGUUCCUAUAUUUCUGUUUAUUCAACAAUUGACCAAAAUUUGCUAAAAUCAUUUUCUUCACAUACAAAUAAAGAUAACUCUCACGAAGAACAAGUCCAGGUCACUUUUAAUAAAUUGCACCAUUAUCUUCAUGACAAUGAAGCAUAGUAGCACACCCUUCCAAAUUAUUAUUUUUUUUAUUAAAUAAUAAAUACAACUA